AUGGAGCCUAUGCGCGCGGUAAUUACCGCGCGGUAUCGCGGCAAGGAGCAAGAGAUUGAGGUUGAUCGUGCGUCUUUUGUAUCUGAAUUACAAGAGGCAUUUUAUUUUGCGUUUGGCGUUCCCGCUGCACACCAAAAACUGCUUGCGCAGCGCCCCGUUGCCGCCAACUUGGCUCGCAUCUUGCAGCGCGGUUUGGCGCCAGCAACGACGAUCAGCGAGGCUGGAAUCACGGGUGGCAUGCAUAUUACAGUACUUGGCGCUACUGAAAUCGAGGUACGGCGAAUAAAGGCGGAAGAAGGUGCAUGGGCUCGCAGAAAUGGACCGAGACAGUACCAUCUCAGCAUGCUGCGCAACACGAAACCGCGCAGUACCACCACGCCAGCACCACCACCAGUUUUUCUCAAGCUUGCUGUACAUCCUGGCAUAAGAGACACGCAUCAUUUGUAUGGAAAAGUGAUGCAGUACUUGGAACGACUCGCGAAUGACCCAGCCGUAUUGCAUGUAUGUCGCUUGCAUGCGUACAAAGUAGGUAUGCUUUCCGAAUUGCUUCCACAUGAACAUCCCCAGCUGUUGGGAUUGAAUGAGAACAGAGGGCAGCGUAUUUUGCUCCGCAUUCGCACCGACGAUGCAGACGGGACGCGAGACUACAAAACGACGCGGCGUGUACUGAUGCACGAGCUUGCGCAUAACGACGUACGUACAUGGUGUACUUACCCACAGAUCUCAGGCCACCCCCCGGAGUUCAAAGUGCUCAAUAGCCUGCUCAAUAAGGAGCUGGAAGCGUUUGAGCGUGCGCAGGAGUCAGGCUCACAUACCCUUAGGCGCGGCCCUGCGUACGAGCCGGCGACAUUGGGUGCAGCACCCGGCAAUGUGCGUGGCGGUGCGUACGUCCUCGGCGGCAAAGAUGCAGCGCAGGGUGUGCCAUGCGCCUCGGACCAAUUAGAGGAGCGACGCCGACGUAUUCUACAGGCUACAGAAGCACGGCUAGCGCAGCUCGACAAGGAGAUCGAUACCGGCUGUGGCAACCAUCUGCAGCAACCGUAG